AUGGCAUCAUCAGUCCCCGGGCCCAUCGACUUGCCCGAAUCCCGCUAUGACUUGUCCACGUAUUGGGGUAGAAUCCGCCAUUGUGCAGAGAUUUCGGAUCCGACCAUGUUGCUAACUACUGAAAAGGACCUGGCACACGCCAGGGAGAUCAUUAGUGCGUAUCGUCACGGUGAAUUAAAAGAGACUACUCCGGAGUUCUGGCGUGCCAAGAAGCAACUGGACUCUACCGUUCAUCCGGAUACAGGAAAGACUGUUCUUCUGCCCUUCCGUAUGUCUUCCAACGUGUUGUCUAACCUAGUUGUCACCGUAGGGAUGCUAACACCAGGGUUAGGAACGGCAGGGACGGUCUUUUGGCAGUGGGCGAAUCAAUCGUUAAACGUCGCCGUUAAUUCUGCCAAUGCCAACAAGUCUCAUCCGAUGUCAACGUCCCAAUUGCUCACCAACUACGCUGCCGCUGUGACUGCAUCGUGUGGGGUUGCCUUGGGGCUCAACAACCUGGUGCCCAGAUUAAAGAACAUUUCUCCACAUUCGAAAUUGAUCUUAGGUCGUCUGGUGCCAUUUGCCGCCGUGGUCAGUGCUGGUAUUGUCAACGUCUUCCUAAUGAGAGGUAACGAAAUUAGAAAGGGUAUAUCUGUGUUUGACUCGAAUGGUGACGAGGUUGGAAAAUCAAAAAAGGCUGCAUUCAUGGCAGUGGGUGAAACUGCCUUAAGUAGAGUCAUCAACGCUACCCCGACAAUGGUUAUCCCACCUUUAAUUUUAGUUAGACUACAACGCAGUGUCUUGAAAGGUAAGUCUCUUGGUGUGCAAACUUUGGCAAACUUGGGGUUGAUCUCAGUCACAAUGUUUUCUGCUUUGCCAUUUGCAUUGGGUAUCUUUCCUCAAAGACAGGCAAUCCAUUUGAGUAAGUUAGAACCUGAAUUACAAGGUAAGAAGGAUAGAGACGGGAAGGCAAUUGAAAAAGUUUACUUUAACAGAGGUAUUUAG